AAAAUUGAAAAAUAAGAACAUAUGGGAGAAGAAGGCCAAAAAAUAUGGGUUCCAACAACCUCGGAGGAGUGCUAGAGAGGCUGGAAGAGUUAGCUCAACAAUUCGGACUUGGCAGACCUCGUCCCUCGGCCGAUGAUGCGAUUUCGAUACAACAAGCGUUGGGAUCCAACAAGACCAAGCGAGCCGCAGUUCUGAUCUGCCUCUUCCAAGGUCCCCAUGGCGAUCUGCGAGUCAUCCUCACCAAGCGAGCUUCAACUCUCUCUUCUCACUCCGGUGAAGUUUCGUUGCCGGGCGGGAAGAGAGAGGAAGGCGAUGCUGAUGACGUAGAGACGGCGUUGAGGGAGGCUAAGGAGGAGAUUGGCUUGGACCCUUCGCUUGUUAGUCUUGUUACCGUUCUUGAACCAUUUGUGAAUAAGAUUGGUCUGACAGUAGUUCCUGUGAUUGGUAUCCUUUCUGAUAAGAAAGCAUUCAGUCCAAGUCCCAAUGCUGCUGAAGUGGAAGCAAUUUUCGAUGCUCCCUUAGAAAUGUUUCUCAAGGACGAGAAUAGGAGAGCAGAGGAGAGAGAAUGGAUGGGAGACAAGUAUCUACUGCAUUACUUCGAUUAUGAAGCAGAGAAUGAGAAGUAUGUGAUAUGGGCUUUGACUGCCGGAAUCUUGAUUAGGGUGGCAUCACUAGUCUUCCAGCGGCCACCGGCAUUUCUUGAGCGGAGCCCCAAAUUCUGGAAUAGAGCCACCGACAGCAAUACUACUUCACCAUAGAUCCAAAGCAAUUUUUAUGGGUCUUAUAUCACAUUUUUCUUUCAUGCCCACUAACUAUUGUACACGGCCUGCAUUAAGUUGCCAUAUAAUUCUGUAGCCAGAAAAAAAUACCAUAUUAUUCUGUA